AUGGUGACAAAAACAUACACAGUUGGUCCGCACAAUCCCUUUGAGGCCCAAUACCCUCUUUCAUCGUGCGAUCUCCAGGUGCCGCCUGUCUUCACCUGUAAAGCUUUCAUAUAUUCCACCAAUGGGAAUCUAUCUGCUUCCUCCCCGGAGGCGCAGGGUCUUGUCUCACGUUUGCAAGAUAGUCUCGUAUCUUUUUUACAGCCAAUUAGCCCCGGAGUGUUGGCAUAUCCACAAAUCCUCGGCCAAAUUGUCAAGCCCGUAGACGGGGGUCGGCCUUGCAUCGCUGUCAAGAAGUCAUUUUCUAUUCAGUUCAAAGUGGUUGAAAUGCCUGAUAUAGAAUUCAGUAGCUUGCAUCACAAUGGCCGCUUUUCAGUAGACGCCAUCAACAUAGCCGGCUUCAGGGAUGGGCUUGAUCGCGCGAGUUUGAUGAACUUGCCAGAGGUCUCGCACAACUUUACCUUCCAGCUCACUUUUAUCAAUGGUGGGUUUGUUCUUUUGGCCCAGGUCGCUCAUCAAAUUACCGAUGCCUCUGGAUUCGCGGGUUUUAUACGACACUGGUUCCAGAGAGCCCGAGAUGGGUCUUCAACCUAUUCUCAAGUGGAGAGCAAUCCACAAGUCUCUCUAGCUAUGCAUGAUAAAUCUAGACUUUGCCAAGAAGAUAUACAAGGUGAUACCGAUGCUCUGAGAAAAUUAGAGCUGGCAUAUAAAGAUGUACCGACAGUCAAAAGGCCUGUGGCGAUAGGAAAUGGCGAGCGAGUUGCUAAAAUAUUCUGGGUAUCUGCUCAGAGUCUCAAGGACUUGAGAACAACAUUGCAAGCAGAAUCAGCAAACCAACCUACAAGUUUCCAAGCAGUCGUAGCACUAUUAUGGAGAUGCAUUAUCCGCACGCGGCUAACACCUGAAAACAAUACCCCAUCUACGAUGAGUAAAGGUUUUUUGGUCACGAAUAUGAGUCAACGUUUAAGUCCGCCACUACCAAAAGACUUCUUCGGCAACUCUGCAACCUGGGUUUUCGCUGAAAUUCCUCAGUCAGCCCUGUUGGAGGAAAAGAGGCAUGCCUCGGCUAUCAAUGCAAUUCAAAAGACGCUGCAGGAAGAUACGACUGAGCUUAGUCUACAGUUGGCCAACCAAUUCAUUUCACGUCAAAUGCAGGUUGGCGUGUAUCCACCCAUGGAUCUGACAGGUAACGACGUUUUAUUUAACUCGUGGGAGCAUUUCUACCCGGAUUUGGUGGAUUUGGAUAUUGGGCUAGGCAGCUUUUGCACUAUGCGGCGUCUGACUGACUCUAUUGUUCCCUCCUUGGUGCUUAUUCUCCCCUCUUACGGGAGGAGAUCACAUGGACCGGAGGAUAAGAAUCCAUGCCAGUAUCCCGGUGGUAUUGAAGUGCAGGUCCACUUGUUUGCGAACCAAAUGGAACUUUUGCAGAAGGAUCCAGAAUGGCUGCACUACGCCAGCACUAUUUGA